CUUGGUUCCUGUUUAAUGGCGCUGCACAUCUACACGUGAGAUUUAGGAAUUGUUGGUAAAUAUCUUUAUUAUUCUUGUUAAGAUAUCUUUAUAUUUUCGCCAUGCAGUUGCUUUUGACAACUAGUAUUUUGCUUCAUUAUAUUUGUAACCAUGACUAAAAGUCAAGCUCCAGCAACCCAGUGUAAUUCUGCCAAAAAAAAGAAAUCCAAACCCACUAAAGAGGAUUUCACAUCAUGUGUACAAAAUGAGAAAACAGAGAUGAAAGGCAAAACCAAAAAGAAGAGAAAGACUGAUGAUGAGGUGUCUGAUAUUUCAGAGGAUAAUGUACAGAUGAUACAAUCAACGGACACAACAAAUACAGAUAAACACAAACAUAAGAAAAAGAAAAGAAAGUCUGAGCAAGAGGAGCCUGAAACAAAUACUAAUGGAAAUGCAGACCAUGAAGAGAUUACACAGAAGAAGAAAAAGAAAAAGAAACCUGAAAUCCCACAGGAUGAGCCGACAGAGGACACGGCACUCAGACAAGAAGAUCAAACAAAGAAAAAGAAGAAAAGAAAGCAUAAGGAUUCUGGAGAUGUGAAAGAAGCCUCACCGACACAGGAACAGUGUGGUGAGGAGGAAGAGGACGGCUCAGAUGGUGUGGAAGAUCUCAGUCCAGAGGAAAGACGAGUUUUGGAAAGAAAGCUGAAGAAGAUCUUGAAAAAGGAAGAGAAGAAGAAAAUGAAAGAAGAAGGCAUAAGCACAAAACCAGAGACGGUCAUGACAAAUGUAGCUGAAAAGCAGGCGCUGGAGUAUCUCACAUGCUGGUCUGAGAGAAGAGAUGAAUGGAGGUUUCAGAAAACCAGGCAGACGUGGCUCCUGCAGCACAUGUAUGACAGUGUAAAGGUGCCUGAUAGUUAUUUUGAGGUGUUGUUGUCAUAUCUGGAGGGUCUUCAGGGAGCAGCAAGAGAAAAAUCACUGCAGAAGGCUGAAGCAAUAGUGCGCUGGGAAGGACAGGGUGAUGAUGGAGACACGGCAGAUGAUGAAAAGAAGAAACACAGAGCUAAACUGGUCAUACAGCUGCUAUGAAAGUCUUUCUGUGAAUCUAUUAUUUAUGCUCAUUUAAACAAGCAAUCUAGUUGUAAUACCCUGUAAAUAUGUACAACAUCACAUCAAAUAAAUUGAUUUGAUGGUUUUAA